UUUCAAUAUAAAACUUGUACAUAAGUGAUGCAGAAAUAAAAAAAUUUAUAUUAUAUAUUUCUCCCCAUAUAUUUCUCGUUAUCGAACAUUUAGUUUCGAAUUUAGUCGUUAAACUUUCAUCAUAUGUUACAUAAUGCGUAACGUAAUAUGUUACAAAUACACGAAAAAACUGCUUGAAACGUUAAUGCUAGAAAAUUCAAGAUUUUGCUAUCUCUGUUAGAUAAGUGACACCAUUUUUUUUUAUUACAAUUUGUACGUCAUAUCAAUUUUUAGUAUUGUGAGGUACUUAGUAAACACCUAACCAAUUAACGAUAAUAUUAACACAUUGACGACGGGGCGUUGCGCAUAAAUGACGCAUUUAUACGUAAUCCGUCGCCAAUGUAUUAAUGUUACAAUUUCCACUCAACAAUGUAACUGUUACAUAGCAUAUGUUAUAUUGUAUUUACAUCCUAGGAAGCACAAGAUCUUCAGGGAAUAUCUUGGAAACGUUCUCAGAAUGUCUUUAGAAUGUCUUGUGGAGAUUUGUGCUGUUUGGGAUUGUUGAAUGAAAAAUUGUAACAUUGAUGUUAAUUGGUAUUUGCUAAGUAUAAAAUGACAUUAAAGAGAACAAAAGAGAAGAGGGAGACUGAGAGAAAGAAAUGUAGAAGAAGAUGCAGAUAAAAGGGACAGACCUUUUCCAUAACAAUUUUUCAUAUUUGUACAUCGGUGUACUUGUGCAGCAAUUGAAUCCGUUACGAAUGUUAUUGGACAUGCAGCGCUAUCUUACAGUUUUUCAGAGCAUUAUUAUGACCGACGAGACUUUGUAGAUAAAUCAGGGAAAUUGGAGAUAACAUAGAUUGUUGGGUGCAGAAGGUUAGAACUGUCAAAUGUACAGUGACUACAAAUGUAUAAUAAUUUUACAGUCGUGCAAUAUUACCUGCUUUUGAAUAAAAGCCUUCUAUGGCGAUUCUGCAUCGCGCCUUGUUUGCGUGGUUCAAUGCGCUCAUAUUUAUGAUUCUGCUGGCCUUGAGACUUGACCAGAAGAUCCAAUGGAAUUGGUUUAUAGUUUUUAUCCCACUAUGGCUUUACGACAAUUUUCUGCUUAUAUACAUUGUCUUCAACAUGAUCUCGCACUGCAAGAAUCCACUCAACAGACAUAUUAUCAGUUUGCAUCGGAAAGCAUGGUACAUGACAAUUGUGAUUAUGUUCAUGUGCGCUAAGAUUCUGAUUUGUCUGAAGCUUGAGGUGCCUCACUGGUUCUUACCAAGCAAAGUGGUACUGGCACCAUUCUGGCUACUUCUUCCAGCACUGACGGUAGACAUCUUCAUUCAUUUGAUACAGCACUCGAGAUAUUGACAAUGGAUAAAUCCUACUUGGUUCCAAGUUACCUAAGGAGAUAUAUGUAUUAUUAAAACAAUAUGCUAAUUUUUAUUUAUUGGAUUAUCUCAGCUUACUUACACUGAACUAUGAAUAUAUAACAUGAAAUUAAACAUUAUAUCAUCACAUAUAUUAAUUAUAUUCAUUGUACAAAAACAUAUGAGUAUAUGAGUGUCUUUUACUUUAAAUCAAACAUGAUCCAUGUAUUUUACUUUAAAUUAAAUACCUGACAGGAACAAUCUUUGUUCUGCAAAGGGAAAUCAGUAGAUUAUUUUAUAGCAAGAUCUGAGAACCUGUCACUAGGUAUAUACAGUAACCUACUAUAAAUACUUGUAUUGCACAAGGCCAAAUAGGACAGAGUUAAAAAUAAGUAACUCUAUGGCAGUACAUGUUGUAGCAAUUUACUUAUCAGUGAAUAAACAUGUUAUAAAAA